UUAGCAGUACCCAUUAUCCAGUUUUCUCUUACAGCCUCAAUUUUAGUGCCCGAAAGGAAUAUUUGUGGUGCUAGUUUUAUAUUCACAUAAUAUAUUCAUAAAAGUAAAGGCAGCAGGUCACGAUUCCAACCCAAAAUGCCAACUCUCUUUGCUUGCCUCAACAUCUUGAUGGCUUCUCCAGCAUCACCACUUCUUCUUCCUCGAUGCAGUCCUGCCAUGCUUAAUAUUGGAAAUAAGGAGCCAAGACCCAGAGUUGUCACUGUCUUUGCUGCAAAAUUUGGUGCCUUAAACUCGAUUCUGAAAAGAUGUGAAAAAUGUGGAGGCAAAGGAGCUAUAGAGUGUCCGGGAUGUAAGGGAACAGGCAAAAACAAGAAGAAUGGGAAUAUCUUUGAGAGAUGGAAAUGCUUUGAUUGCCAAGGAUUUGGGCUGAAAAGUUGUCCUAGCUGUGGGCAAGGAGGGCUGACACCAGAACAAAGAGGAGAAAGAUAGAAUUCAUAUGAAGGCUUGCGAGUUGACUGUUCAAUGAGAUGUUGUAACUAUAUAUGUAUUAAAACUUAAAAGUUUUCCUCUUAAUUUCAUUUUAUACCUUUUUUUACAUCUUCCCAAACAGUAACCGUUAAAUACUUUCCAAAAAAUUACUUUUACUAUACUACUUUACUUUUAAUAAUUCUAUAAAAAUACUUGGAAUCUUUUGAAUUACCUAUGCUUAUAGUAAAACUUUUCUUUUUCUUGAAAUUGUACUAGUCCAGCUACAAGUAACUUUGCUAUUUAUGCAAUAACUAUUGGAGGGAAAGUAGUUUUGAAAGUUGUUAAAAUCAUAUUGUGUUCUAAUUUCGUCUGUAUCUCUGUGUUCAAAUGGGUAAACUUAUCUUCUCAGAUAUUCCUAUUGUAAUAUAAAUACAACACUAUACAAUACAAUGAAAUCAAGCCAUUUUUUCAUUCA